UAAAUGUAACAUUGCUCGAUAUAGAAACGCAACGUGCUUUUCGUACUUUUUGUACAACAUACUUUACGAGGUUAAUCCGGAGGUGUGGAAUUGAGAUGAGCAUUACUUUUAACAUUUCAACGUAAAAUGUUGUCCGAGUGUUUCACGUAUAUUUCUGUCGAGUCCAAUGCCUUCUCACGACGAACGCACGUUGCAAGUUCUGCAGAAGAUUCACGAUGAAUUGCAACGUUAUUAUAUUCUGUUGCAGUUAAUCAGGGCCGAUCUCGAGAAAAUAGCGAAGAAUUUUACCGCCUUAUCGGAGCGUGAGAGUACUUCUGAGCGUAAGUAUACUUCUGACACUUCAGAAGUAUAGCCUAUAACAGGAUAUAUAUAAAUACAUAUAUAAAUAAAAGUUAUAAAUUUUUUUUUGAUAAAAUGGAUUCUCGCAAAUCUAUAAUACACAAGAGAUUAGAAUCUAUACAAAAUUCACCAAAUUCUUCCUCACCGUUACGAAAAAAGUCCAUUGUUCAAAUCCCAUCAGCACAUAACUUAUCAGAAAAUGACGAUGAGGCGGAACGUAUCGCUCGUCGACGUGAGAUAUUUACAACAUCACCGUCUAAUGGAAAUAGUAGUGGGAAAAGAUUAUCUCUGGGCCUGGGAUUUUUGGCGAAUAUUCCGGCGCCCCAGAUGGCCGAGAGCAUGAAUAAAUGCAUACAACUGAAUGCUGAGAACAAGAUCAAUAUCAAGAACGCGUUUAGCUUGGAGAUGAUCGACUUUAUGACGUAUAUGAUAAAGAAACAGGAUGCCAAUAUGUCGAAUUUGCAAGUGGCUAGCACCUCCUUGGACGUGAGCACCAAGAUCUAUGGAUAUCGUGUGGACAAUGUACAUAUGGAAAUACUCAAAAUGGUUGGUGGACUGGAUAAACAAGUGAUGGAAGAUAUGGAGCAAAAUUUGGAAGAGCAGGGAGAAACUGUGCAGGAAGAAGCGGAAAACGCCGAGGUGCGGAAAAAAAAGAAGAAGAAAUCGAAGCAAAAGAUCUUCAGCACUGUGGAGGCUCUGAGAGGCAACAUCGAGAUCGCGAAACCUAUGUCGGCGAUGAUGGGCGAAGGAGAUCUACAGACCAGCGAUAUGUUGUACCAAGCGACGCUGCCGAACCACGCAAAUUCCGGCUUUUAUCAGCAUCCAUGUAACGACGUGCUCGUUGAUGUCUUAGAGAAUAAACCUGAAUCACAAAAUAAUUCAAACGUAAAGUAUGUCAUACCAGGAAUCGAAGAUUUCUCGAAUUUUGAGAUUUGUGCGUUAUAUUCAAACUUUGAGUUUCUCGGCUGGUCUGUAGAGAAUGAGCCGGAAGAGGAAAUCGAAUCCCCUGAUGACAAUGAGAACCGAUUUCAAUUUGAUUUGGACGCAAGUGUGGAGCAUGAUGACGAUCCAGUGUCCGAACCCAUGAACUACUUCGACAUCGAACAUGAUGACAACGAGAAUGUUCAGGCAUGUUUUCGAAAAACAAUGGAUCGUCCAGUGAAUGUCGUGGAAGUGCACAACGUCCGGGCAUCCGAGUACUCCUUUGUUCAACCAAGCAUGAGCCUGCAUUGGGCUGGCCCGUUCCAUUGGAAGUUUUGGAAUUUUAUGAAGUCUUCUGCUGUCACCGAAGGUGGUACAAAAGUAGCUUGCAUGCAAGCUAAGAAAAAAGAAAAGAGAAAACAAUUUAAACUACUGUAUGACGAGACGCGCGAUGUCAUAGACGCAAAGUUCGCAUCGAGCCAGUCCAUUAAAUUACAUGCCAAAACCGCGAAGGCUGAAUGGAGCGCCGAAAAUUUGACCCUACCAGAGGAUGUACAUUACGAUAUUGCGCAGGGGAGCAAGCUCUACAUGUACAAGAGAUUAAUUAUAAAGUCGGAAAAUAGUGAGAAAGAGAACGGGAAUGCGGUGAAUGUCGCUGACGUAUCCGAUGGCGAGAGAUACGACUAUAACAAUCCAAACGACACGCUGGAAUACUGUCCCAAUGUUGAACACGAUGAAGAUUAUGAUGAUUAUGGAAGGGAGGAUGGUAACGAGGAUUGUAAUUUUGACGAUAGCGCCGCUGUAAUGGAUAGCCAGGGAUGUCUCAUCGGCGACAAUCUAGUCGCCGCACCAAAGUUGGUUAAUAAAAUAUCCAUCGCGUAUUGUUUGAAAGCGAAGAAAAUUGACAUGCGACAGCUAAAGAAAUCCAUAUGGACCUGUUUGAAGUCCACGAAUAAUAAUGCGGCAAAUACUGGAGAAACGGUGGACGAAACCGAUAUGAUGAAGGAGAGCAAGCAAUUCAGUGACGUUUACAAGGCACUCCCGAAAUUGCUGACGAAAACCAACGCCGAGGCAUUGAGCGUACCGAUCUCUUUUAUAUCUAUGCUACAUUUGGCGAACGAGAAAGAAUUGAAGAUUUCUUCGAUAUCGGACAUGUCUGAUAUUAUCAUUCAGCCUGGAUCACCAUCGUUGAAGUGACAAGAUUUUGUUUUGUGUGUGUGUGUGUGUGUGUGUGUGUAUAUAUGUUCAAAUAAACAGAACGUAAAAAGACAAACAGGACAGAGUUUCAUAAAAAUUGCAUUGCAAGUUAUAAACGUUAUAAACGUGGCGUUUAUCUGUCUACUUGAAUCGCACGAGGAUGUUUUCUAUCAGAUUUUUCAAACUUGCGUCCGUCAAUGAUUGAUAAUCGAUUUUUGUUAGAAUCAAAUGCCUAAAAAUAUUACCUAAAAUUUUUGUAUAAAAUGGAUAGUUAUCGGAAGUUAUAUGUGUUUACGAUGUUUUGAAAUUCUUGUAUUUAUAACAUGAUACCCAGGUUUUUUUUUUUUUUUUCCAAAUUCACCACGGUUAUCCGUCGAUCUGCUCGUGUCAAACGUAGAAUUUUUAUAUAAGAAAUUAUAAGGGGCUGCGUACAAUCAAAGGAAUAAGGAAUAGGAAUAGGGAAUAACCGAUUUCAACCUAUUAUCAGAAGCUAUGUAUUCCGGUGUAAUCAAUUUCUAAUAGUUGAAAUCUGUUUAUUUCCUGUUCUCAUUCCCAUUCUGUAAUCCUUUGUGCGCAGCACGAAUCUAAAUGAGUAGUUACAUUGGAGAUUGUUGCAAGAAUGUUUACAUGAUAAA